UAAAUAAUAUCUAGAAUCUCAUCCCCCACCCCCAGGAAAAAUGGGUGUAAAUAUUACAACACCUGGACCUUCCUGUCAUUCUUCACAUUGUCUUAAUUCGUCCUCUUCCCUGUCAUUCUUCACAACUCCAACCAUGGAGAAGGCUAAUGUGAUGGAAGCUAAAGAUGGAACACUUGCUGUGGCUUCUGCUUUUACUGGCUAUCAAGAAGCUGUACAGGAUAGAGACCACAAGUUCUUAAGCAAAGCAGUUGAAGAAGCAUAUAAAGGGGUUGAAUGUGGAGAUGGAGGCCCAUUUGGUGCAGUUGUAGUUCACAAUGAUGAGAUAGUCGUAAGCUGUCACAACAUGGUUUUAAGAGACACUGAUCCGACUGCACAUGCUGAGGUUACUGCAAUAAGAGAGGCCUGUAAAAAGAUGAAUCAAAUUGAGCUCUCGGACUGUGAGAUAUAUACUUCUUGUGAGCCUUGUCCAAUGUGCUUUGGUGCCAUCCAUCUUUCAAGAAUCAAGAGGUUGGUUUAUGGAGCCAAAGCUGAAGCAGCUAUCGCAAUAGGGUUCGAUGAUUUCAUUGCAGAUGCAUUAAGGGGCACAGGAUUUUAUCAGAAGUCUCACCUGGAGAUCAAAAAGGCUGAUGGUAAUGAAGCCGUCAUAGCAGAACAAGUAUUUGAGAAGACAAAAGCUAAGUUCACCAUGUACUGAAAUUUGCAAUCUCCCUUCACAUUGCAAAAAACUAUAAUAACAAAUGUGAAAGACUUCCCAUUCUUCUAAUUACAUUUCGAGAAAUGAAGGAAAAGGAAAAUUUUCCUGUCU